CAUGGCGGCGUGCACACGGAGGACAGUUGCAGCUGUAAGGAUGUUUAAACAUGUACGACUUCAGAAUGAACGCCUGUUCUCGUCAUCCAAAGUGCUUUGUGCUGAUCCUCCCAAAUUCACUCCUCCAACCAAACCAGUAAUUGUGGACAAAUCCAGACCUGACGUUGCAAGUCGACGAUUUCUGAGUCCAGAGUUCAUUCCUCCUCGCCAGCGCACAACCCCCCUAAAAUUUGCCCUUGAACGCAAAGACAUGAUACAGAGACGCAAAGUCCUCAGCAUUCCUGAGUUCUACGUGGGCAGCAUCAUGGCGGUCACCACAUCAGAUCCUUAUGCAUCCAACAACACAAACCGCUUUGUGGGCAUCUGUAUCCAGCGCUCUGGCAAAGGACUCGGUGCCACCUUCAUCCUUAGAAACAUUGUUGAUGGCCAAGGUGUGGAGAUCUGUUAUGAGCUGUAUAAUCCACGUGUGAAGCACAUUGAGCUGUUAAAGCUGGAGAAAAGACUCGAUGAUAACCUCAUGUACUUGAGAGACGCUCUGCCAGAAUUCUCCACCUUCGACUUCAAUAUGAAACCCGUCCAACUCUCUUCGACACAAGAGGUUCCUGUUAAUGAGAUGAAGGUAAAGAUGAAGCCACGCCCAUGGUCCAAGCGCUGGGAGCGUCCCAAGUUUAACAUCCAGGGCAUCCGCUUUGACCUGUGUCUGACACCUGAGCAGAUGGAGCACGCUCAGAAGUGGGCUCAGCCGUGGCGGCAGUACGACAUGCUAAAGGAGUACGACACCUCCGCACUGGAGAAGCAGAUAUACCAGGAAGUGGAGAAGGAGCUCAGCAAGUGAGCCACCCAUUAUGUCAGUCUCCAUGCCAGGACAACACAGACCAUCAUGGGUGUCUGUAAUAUCUGGACUCUGUUAAGUCUGGAGCUCUGAUGUAUCAUGUAUUGAUUGCUGAAGUUGUGGUUUGUCGCUGUACAGUUUGUCAUGUGUAGAUUUGUCAUUAAUUGAAGUAAAAACCAUAAUUAAAUUAAUAAAGUGAAUCUGUUUAUACACUG